UACUGGAGGAAGUUACAGAAGGUACCGCGGGAACAUUAAGUCGUCCGAAAUCAUGCAAAGAGACGACGAUGGUGCAGCUGCCAUGCCAGACGGUUCUCUGCCACCCGAUGACGAACAAGAUGAGCAUGAAAGAAGGAACAUCAGGCGUCGAUAUCGACAGCUUAUUGACGAAAUACAAGUCAAUAAGGAGGAGCUGGCAGACCCCUCGUCAGACUCGCUCAACAACAAGCUCAAAGAGGCUGAUGAACUCUACAAGCCUGUUAAGAAGGCCCGGGAGGCUGCCCUGGAUUCCAGCGUCCUGGUCAUGAUCGCCAACAUUGGCAGGUUAAAAGCCCAGGCACUCACCACCGAGUUCGUCAAGUUCCAGGCCACCGAGUUUGCGGAGAAGUUGAUAACCUUCGUGAGUGGUCAGCAGCUGCAGGACGGACAGAGGAUCUCCCACAAUGGCUGGGACCGACUCGGACAGGCAGUCCAACCCUGCUUUAAGAGAGUUCCACCUUUCCACUUUAUGCAUGGUUCAUUUGAACCAGGGGAGAUCCUCCCUAAAACUAAAGAUGGUCGAAGAAAGGUUAGAGAAAAAGACGAUAUCGUUGGUCAGCCAACAGUACCUAGACAGUUACAAGACUUCAGUGAUACUGACAAGAACGAAGCAACUACAGCAGAGGUGGAGAAAAUCCACAAUUUAUUGAUAGAGAAAUACGCCUUACAAAAUAAUAACCCACUCUGUUACUUUGAGUUUGUUAUCAACCCAGAGUCGUUUGGUCAAACAGUGGAAAAUAUGUUCUACACCUCCUUCCUAGUCCGAGAUGGCUACGCUGAAAUCUAUCUUGAUGAUGAUAAACUGCCUGUGAUACAGCCCGUGGGAGAAGGUGAUGUCCAGUCCGGGGCGAGCCCCAGGAGACAGCAGGUAGUCAUAUCCAUGACACCACAGAACUUCAGGGACAUCUGCAAGACAUUUAGAAUUGAAGCCCCCUUGAUACCCACCCGGGCUGUGUCCUACCCACAGCUCACAGAGAGGACCACUUCCAAAGGGAAAGGAAGAGGCAAGAAUAGGAGCAAGUAGAAUCUUAUUUAUGCAUCUGCUUUUCUUACUCUAUCCGUCAUGUGCCAUAAUGAAUGAGUGGAGGCUAACAGCCCUGCAGAUAGAGCCAGCCAAUCGCAAUGCAGCUAUGAUCAUCCAAUCACAGUGCAGCUUACAGAUUUACUGCUGGAUGUGGGUCUUCCUCUUCAUGUUUUAUGACUGAACAGUGCAAUUGUGUUUUAGAUUUGGAAUGGAGUAGCCGUUCUCAAGGUCUGUGAUCACACGUCUCCUGUACCGUGUACAGCAGAUGGACUCAAACUGUGCCUCCAUGUUUGAUUUUACAUCUAAUAGAACUAUUUUAUGUGUUCAUUUAUUGCAUGCUUUGACGAGAGAUGUAUUGAAGUCGCAAGAGGUUUCAAUACAUUUUCUCCUGGUGCUUCCUUUAUGAAACAAUAAAGGAUAUGAGAAUCCCUGUACAGUAUGAAGAAAGAUAAGAUAUGGAUGACAUGGGGGGCCUUCAGCCACUUGUCCGAAACCUGAGACUUGGGAAAUAUCAGUCAAGGUUAGAUAUAUUAGGCUUAAAAAAAUAAAAGAAUUGGUUCUCAGGCAAUGCUUUUGUAGCUUUUGAAAAUAUAUUGGGUUGUUCAAGCUAGUAUGUAACCAAAUUGUGUUUACAAUAGUAUAGCGAAAUCAUGUUGUUAAGUAUUGUAGCAUUUCACUGCCAGGGUUUUGUGUAUGAGACGCAGAAUACUUUCAGAUUUUUUUACAAAAUUGACAUAAAAAUGAACUGAAACUUGAUGAUGAUGUGGGCGGUGCCUGAGAACCAAAACUAUUAUUCUUUUUAGUCUUAGUCCAUUCAUUAACAAAUAUAAAAAAAUACUUCUGAGAGCCAAAUUGUGGCUAGUAGCUUCAGAUGUUUUUGGCACAGUCUGUUUUGAGCAUGUUGAGUAUGGUCAGAUAUUUCCCAUUUAAAGAUGUUCAUGCUUCAAACAAAACAUUUUUGGCGCUAUGACGAGAAAACAUGUUGAUACCGAUAAGUAAAGAUGUCUAUUGCAACUCAGAAUUAUUAUUUAUGUCUUUUCUGGUUAUCCUAGAAAAGAGCACUAUCUUUAGGUGGCAUGCAGAAGCAGUUAUAAUGAAGACAAGUUGACAUGAAUUUUAACUUCUUUAUUCUUUCAACAUAUUCAAUGUGGUGUUUUGUUCUUUCAGUGCAAUGUUACAGAUGCUAGAACCACACUAGUGGGUCAGACAUGGUUAUAUAGCUAAGUUUAUAUAUUCUAAGAAAAGAAACAGAAAGAAUGAUGUCAAACGAUUGUUUCUUUCAUUGCAGUCAAUGCAUGAUAGGGAAGAUGAAAUGCUUUAAUGUCUCCAAGAUCUGUAUGGACCUGGUAUCCUUCUGAGGGAAGAGGGGGGCACGGGUGGCCCAGUCGUCUAAGGCGCCGCGAUUCGCUGUGCAGAGUUGCGUCCCUUGGGCACGCCAGAAACCUAUGAUUGUGGGUUCGAAUCCCGGUUCGCCCCGAUUAUGUU